ACAUUAAAAGUUAAACAAAGCUGUGACCAUUUCUUUCCUCGAAGACUAAGUUUACGGGACUCUCUGUUGCUAACAUUGGGACUCUGUUCUCGCUAUCGAAACCCUAGAUUCAGCCAUCACCCCCAUUGAGCAGAGAUGCUGCGAGUAGCAGGAAGGAGGCUUUUUUCUCUUUCGCAGAGAUCUUCCACCGCGACCUCAUUCGCGCUUUCCCGAGACCAUUCCCUCUCCGAUGGCGGCGGCGACUCAUCUUCACCUCCCAGAUCCGUCCCCUCUACCAAUCUUUCACCUUUCGAUUCUUACCACCGGAGCCUUAUAAGAGGUUUUUCUUCUCAAGUCCUUACUCAAGGAAAUGAGGUUGGUUUUGGUUCUGAACCAGCCACCGUGGAGGCCGUCAAGACACCUAACUCGAAGAUUGUGUACGAUGACCACAACCAUGAGCGUUACCCACCUGGUGACCCUAGCAAGCGUGCUUUCGCCUAUUUCGUCCUCUCCGGUGGGAGGUUUGUCUACGCCUCUGUUCUCCGCCUUCUAGUCCUGAAGCUCAUUGUCAGCAUGUCCGCGAGUAAAGACGUCCUUGCCCUUGCAUCCCUCGAGGUCGACCUUGGGAGCAUCGAACCUGGAACUACCGUGACUGUGAAGUGGCGUGGGAAGCCAGUGUUCAUCAGGAGAAGAACAGAGGAUGACAUCAAGCUGGCCAACAGUGUGGAUCUUGGAUCUUUGAGAGACCCGCAAGAGGACUCGGUUAGAGUCAAGAAUCCGGAAUGGUUAGUGGUGGUUGGAGUCUGCACUCACUUGGGGUGCAUCCCUUUGCCUAAUGCUGGUGAUUACGGUGGCUGGUUUUGCCCGUGUCAUGGUUCGCAUUACGAUAUCUCUGGAAGGAUCAGGAAAGGUCCUGCACCGUAUAACCUGGAGGUACCAACCUACAGCUUCUUGGAAGAGAACAAGUUACUCAUUGGUUGAUGAAUUAAAAAAACCACAACAGUCAGCGAACUUCAUCUUUGUCUUUUCUUUUUUUUCCUAUGUUCCAGCAAUGUUAAGAGCAAGAUUGUCUUGUUUUUGCUGAAUAAUCAAACCUUUGUCAUAUUUAUUGAACUGUGUACUCGAGCUCUGUUUUUUUGAUAAUGAUGAAAGACUCUGUUCAUAGUC